CAUAAAAGGAUGUCUGCAUAGUCUCUCUUGGAACAUGCCAAGGUUAACUUACUUGAGUUGGGGAGAUACUGCCUGCUACCUCACAGAGGCCUGAGCGAGUCACAGACACGAAAAGAACUGGAGGUAAUCCGAACACUCAUCAAAGAUGAAGUUAAACAAACCACACCGAUGCUGUAGAAAAUCUAUGAACGUCUACACAAAACCUUACCUACAACCAAGAUGCACACUGCACUGACCCGGAGAGGAUUAGUGAAUAAAGCUAGACACAAAUCCCACAUGUGUGAGCGUGCUAAUGUGUCGGGUGCAGAUACGUGCACUGCACACACCCUUGGUACCCCCACAGGACAGAGCUUCAAGUUAAUUUUAAAACUGCUCCUUGAAGUAGCUUCAGUCUUCUUCUCUCUCCUCUGCUUUUUCUACCAUCGUUUUAGUCAUGGUUGCUGUGGUCAUCUUUUUCUCUUUUUUAAAGAAAACCCAAGUUUCAGUUCCUAACAAGGCCUAAGCCUAUUUCUCAUUCUUUUUAGGUUAACAUAAAUCAGAUCGCUGUGAGACCUUGGCCACCGCCAGUGGAUAUAAAAAUGGUUCACAACUUCACCACACCCUCCACAUUACCACUCCCUCAGGGGAAUGACUGUGACCUCUACGCACACCACAGCACGGCCAGGAUUUUAAUGCCUCUCCACUACAGCCUCGUCUUUGUCAUUGGGCUUGUGGGAAACCUGUUGGCCUUGGUUGUUAUUGUUCAAAACAGGAAGAAAAUCAACUCUACCACCCUCUAUUCGACAAACCUGGUGAUUUCCGAUAUUCUUUUUACCACCGCUUUGCCUACGCGGAUAGCCUACUACGCGCUGGGCUUUGACUGGAGAGUUGGCGAUGCCCUGUGCAGGAUAACUGCCCUCGUGUUCUACAUCAACACCUAUGCAGGGGUGAACUUCAUGACCUGCCUGAGUAUCGACCGCUUCUUCGCUGUGGUGCACCCUCUGCGCUAUAACAAGAUGAAGAGAAUCGAACACGCCAAGGGUGUCUGCAUAUUUGUCUGGAUCCUUGUGUUCGGGCAGACGCUGCCCCUACUCAUCAACCCUAUGUCAAGGAAGGAGGCUGAAAGGACCACGUGCAUGGAAUAUCCCAACUUCGAGGAGACGGAGUCCCUUCCCUGGAUUCUGCUUGGGGCAUGCUUCAUCGGCUAUGUGCUCCCUCUCACGAUCAUUCUCAUCUGCUAUUCUCAAAUCUGCUGCAAACUCUUUAAAACUGCUAAACAAAACCCACUGACCGAGAAAUCGGGCGUGAACAAGAAGGCUCUCAACACAAUUAUCUUGAUCAUCGUUGUGUUCGUUCUCUGUUUUACACCUUAUCAUGUUGCAAUUAUUCAACACAUGAUUAAAAAGCUUUGUUUUCCCGAUUUCCUGGGAUGUAGCCAGAAACAUUCGUUCCAGAUCUCUCUGCACUUUACAGUAUGCCUGAUGAACUUCAACUGCUGCAUGGACCCUUUCAUAUAUUUCUUUGCAUGUAAAGGGUACAAGAGAAAGGUGAUGAAGAUGCUGAGACGCCAAGUCAGUGUCUCCAUCUCUAGUGCGGUGAGGUCGGCCCCUGAAGAGAAUUCACGUGAAAUGACAGAAACACAGAUGAUGAUACAUUCUAAGUCUGUAAAUGGAAAGUGAAAUGGAUCUAUAGUGAAGAAAACUGUACAAUGAACUCUGCAGGGCUUAUAAAACAAAACGACUGCUCCACCUCCAAUCAGGAUUCUCUUCACUGGGCACUGUCUCUACCUCCAAUGCGGAAAUAAGAUGAGAUAUAUGCAUAUCUCUCCGCUCAAGAGAACAACAUAAAAGGAAGUCCUAGUUUGUAAAUUAAAUAGCAUAUUGAAAGAUGAGCUAUCUUUUUAAUUCUUAAUGUAAAAACAUAAAGUUUAGAGUUAAUACAAAAAAAAUUGGGAACAGCAGAUGGCAUAAUAGUUAUGUCGCUGGACUCCCAUGUAGUUGACCGCAGUCUGAGUUUCAGAC